AUGGCUACCGGCGAUACCGCGCCGCCUUUGGCCCUGUCGAGCUCCCCCCCGCCGAUGCUCGGCCAGAGUCCCAGCAACCUCUCGAGCCCUCUUAGCGACGUUGAAGACAAAGAUGCCGAGGCCGAUGAUGCGGACAUGGAUAUGCAUACCAUGGGGUUUAGUAGCCGUUUAACUCCAAAAAGGGAUGUAGACGGAGACGGAGGGGCGUCGGACGCCGACUCCGAGUCUGACGAGGAGAGCAAAUUGUCAGAAAUGGAUGUCAAUGACUCUGAGGCUGAGACAGAGCGACUCUACGAUACUCCGCCAAAAGUAAGCGGGGCGCGCGAUCUCGUUGACGGCGUCGGCGACGUGGGGAACAGACAGUUCGUGGAUCGCCGCGACCGUGUGUUUGAGCGCAGCCCAAGUAAGCUCCAACAGCAGCUCAAGGCACAGGCAAGCCUAAACGCCGACGACGCGGUCAGCGACAAUAAUUCUCUCUCUGAAGGCGAAGACGAAGAGGACGACGAUGCGUCCCUGGCGUCUAGCGAGCCCGACCCUGAACCCGCGAAGGAGGAGCUGUUGCGGCCUCAUUCACAAGCCAAAAAACAAGAAGCCAUACCUUCUACCGAAUCCACAACCUCGCAGCUUACCAGGCAAGACUCAAGCGAGUCUCGGAAAAGGAAACGAUCUCCCGUAGCAGAGCAAUCCGAGUCUGAGCAACCGCUUCGAAAGCGAACGGGCUCGAUUGCCGCCGUGGAGAACGAAUUCUCUACUGACGACGUGGCUGUCAUCGAUGACGAAGGCACUUCUACAAAUCCGCAAAGCGGCAAUCACACUGGAGAGGAAGACAACCAUGAAGAGCCCGAAGUUGCUACCAAAAUCAAGGAGAUAGUGGCGGACUCGGUUGAAGAGGACACAAGAGAAAGGACACGAUCAAGAAAAGCAAAGCGCAACGCUGCUAAAAAGCGAAGAAGCAAAAGCCCAGAAGCUACCAGUCGAGGAACAGAAGAAACCGCUAAAGACGCGGAUAUACCCGUUACCGACGUUGCUGCGCCUCAUGCCGUAGAGGACCAUAUUGAAGACGACGAAGAGGCCGAAGCGGCCCAUAAAGAAGAAGAAUUGGAACGAAAAAAGGCUGCCUGGGAAGAGCUCACAGCGAUCGAGAAGCAGUUCAAUAGCUUCCGCGACCGUAGACUGUACCAGGAGCGUUUGGACCAGCUCGAUCAGGAAGAGGCGUCGCUCACAUCCGACAACCCGACGCACCCCGAAUAUCUUGCAAUGUUACAAUGCCUUGAGGAACGACGAGAAGAACGAAUACGAAUCAGCAGUCUUGAGCUGCAGUUUAGAAUGUCCGUGCUCAACGGGCGGGCGGUCGCCGAGCGGGCGCAAAUACUGUCCCAAUACUACCAGAGCAUACGCGAGUCGAGGGAGGAGGUCUUGGAGGAGCUCGGCCAAGAGUGGUACGACAUCCAGCAAGAGCGCAGACGGUUUGCCAACACGAUACCGGAUUAUGGCAUUCGCUUCCCAACCACAAAACCGCAAACUAUCAGACAAGCCGUUGCAUAUAACCGGGAAGUCUCUGUACUCUCUGGUUUCGCCAAGCAUGUUGGGUUCCCAGCGGCGCCGGCGAUUAGUGGAGUUUCGGACGACCAACUGGAAAGCGAUCUUGACGCCAUACAUCGCAUGCGUGAACCCCCUUCUCGGCCUUCAAUAAAUACUUCCCAAGCAAAUUUCCACCAAGGUUUCACUGCAGGGCUUCCUUUUGGGCGGAAUCUCGGGCCUGCUGGAGAGCAAUUCAUAGAGUCAACCCCGUGGGCAAAUCCAAACCACCCCUCACACCAUCUCCAGAGGCAGAAUUCACAACAGGAAGCUAGCAUCCAGACUCCGUUUUCAGGCUCGUUGUCCGGGCCUCGAAGACAUUCUUACCAACAAGGGGGCGUUUUUCCGCCGAGCAACACGAAUGCGAUGAAUGGGGAUUCCCCGCUACCGGUGCAAAAGGCGCACUUGUCGACGGGACAUGAGGCGCUCAGGGCAUCAAAGCUAGGAUCGGAGCCAGUAAUGAAGCGCGAGAGCGUUGCUCAGGCGUCUUGA